AUGGAGGGCUCCGGCGACGAGGAGGCGGCGGCCGAGGAGCCGCUGCAGCUGCUGGCGAGGCGGCAGCGCAGGGAGCGGCGGGCGCUGCAGGCUAAAAUUCAAGGCAUGAAAAAUGCAGUUCCCAAGAAUGACAAAAAGAGACGAAAACAGCUGGCUGAUGAAGUUGCCAAACUGGAGGCAGAGCUUGAGCAGAAGCACAAGGAGGAACUGAAGCAGCUGAAGGAAGCUUCACCUGAGCAGAAUAAGCUAGAUUCUGUGGCUGAUGGGGUUGCAAACUUAGACCUUGAAGGACAAGAGCAACAUGUUCAGCAGCCUCGCAUAUCAAAAGCGCAGAAGAGACGGGAAAAAAAAGCAGCCUUGGAGAAGGAAAGAGAAGAAAGGAUAGCUGAAGCUGAGAUAGCAAAUUUAACUGGUGCGAGGCAUCUGGAAAGUCAGAAACUUGCCUCCCUGUUGGCAACAAGACACCUGGAGAUUAAGCAGAUCCCAUCAGAUGGUCACUGCAUGUACAGAGCUAUUGAAGACCAGCUCAAGGAUCAUCAGCGUUCCUGGACUGUUGCAACUCUCAGGAACCAAACAGCAAAGUAUAUGCAAAGUCACUUGGAGGAUUUCCUGCCAUUUUUAACAAACCCCAGCACAGGAGAAAUGUAUAGCAAAGAGGAAUUUGAAAAAUAUUGUGAUGACAUAGCAAAUACUGCUGCAUGGGGUGGGCAGCUGGAACUAAGGGCUUUGUCGCACAUCUUGCAAACGCCUAUUGAAGUAGUGCAGAUGGAUUCUCCUCCCAUUAUUGUCGGUGAAGAAUAUUCAGGCAAACCAAUAACACUUGUGUAUAUGAGACAUGCCUAUGGAUUAGGAGAGCAUUACAAUUCUGUAAAACUUCUAACAGAAAAUGCUACAGAAAAUGGCAGCUAGCAUAAAAAGUCCGAAGUCCACAUGGACAACAGUUGCGUCUUCAUCUGACUCUGGACAACUCUCAAACAGACUGGAAAGUAAAGCUACCUGGAAUGUGUUAAAAAUGAAAAAGAGUUGACUAUAAGUUAGAAAUAAGCCUAGAUUUUAAAAGCAACAAAACAAGAGUGUUGAACUUGUUGGUAUUAAUCAUGUUUAGAAAAUGUUCUCUAAAAUGCUGGCUGUGUUGAUAAGAACAUUUUGGUAAACUUCAUCCCGUGACAGAGUGAAAAUACUCAGCAGUAAAUGUUUUGGUUAAUAUGCAUUUUUACUAAAGAAUUAAGGUUUGAAGAGUCCUGCUACAUUGCUUUUGAUAGAUUUUGAUGACUAUGGGAGACUUGAGGCCUUCAAAAUAACUGAUGCUUCUCUCUGCACUGGUGGAAUGUCCCYUACAGUGUUUCUUUAGUCCCAUAGGCUCUGGCUUUCAUACUGUAGCAAGGAUCCCCUUUGGGCAGGGAARAGCUGAAGACCAAUUCAGCUGACCAGUUCAGUACUGAAUAUAGUACUUGGCUGAGUAAUCACAAACRUAAUGUUACUUUAUGGCCUUUCCUCCAAGCUUUUAAUGAGAUUUGGGGACUUGUUUUGCAGCUCUCAGUAGGAGCUGAACUCUUGAUGCUCUUUCUACAGAGUUAGAGRAAGAGCAGUGCUGUUUAAUGCCGUGACAUACAGUCAUCAUGUGAGUUAACUGUACUGUUCAUCCUUCAUAAUCUUUCAUCUGUGGGCCAUCUGUACCCUUUCUGUGCUUGGAUKGCACAGAGAGCUUACCCAACAAAGCACUCCAGCUUGCUCAGCUCGGGUAGUGAACUCGACUCAAUGUUCUGUUACAGACCGGCUGGUCUGUGCAUCAAGGUGCUCUGUUUCAUAAUGCUUAAAACAACUGGUUGCGUACAGAUGGAAAAACAAAACAAACAAAAAAAGAAAAACACUUUUUUUUUGUCUGCAACUUUAAAAGCAAUCUGCAGGAAAAUUAAGUUGAUUUCCAUUGCUCCUUUUGGUGUCCAAAGAAGAUUUGAAGGAUUUUUAACUCUGUAUGACUUCUCUCUGCAUUAGAAAUUGAGAUUUUGUUUUGUCUUGGAAAUAAUUAUAAAUAUUAUUCUAAAAGUGGCAGUAUACUGAAGCCAAAGUUGUCAUGCAAUCAGUUAUUUAUUAAUGACCGUGACUUUUAAGAAAGCCUUAGUGAAAAACUGCAUGGUUUUGUUUUUCUGCUGAUGAAGAGAUUUGGGGAAAAGUAGUUCCUUCAAACUUCGACGCCUCUGACCUGAGUCUUCAUCUUGUUAUUUUUCAGUAAAGCUAGGCAGCAGUUGGGCAUUCCUGGGACUUCUGAAUUAAAAUAUGAUAUUACCUCAAAAUUGUUUUUAAAAUAAGUAUUCACUGCAUAGAUCAGACAGAUUGUCUAAUUUAAAGCACUUUGAAAAAGAGGAAAAAUCACAGAAAGUGUGAUUAUGAAUUGAAGUGAUGCCCAUCAAAAAAAAUCAAGUAUUAACUAGAGCUAGAGUUUGAUGUGUUCUCAUAUGACAUCAGAUAUGACAUAUUUGAUGCAGUAUAGCAAACGGCUGUAUUUAUAGCAAUUUGAUGAAUCAGGUUUAUUAUCUUGAUUGUGUGAAACACUGUUUUUGAGUGCAAACUCAAAAGUUGAUACCUUUACUCUGUUACGAAUUGCCUAUAAAGAAUCAAUAAAAAUAUUUUUCUCAGUGUUGCUUAAAACUGUAUGAUAGGA